AUGCUUGCUUUGUUCCUCGCCGCCCCAGCGCUUGCCGCCGCUCCUUACAGGAGAGCCAACUACGACGAGGAGUACUCCUCCAUCGUGGCCCAGAUGGGCACCUUCUCUGGUGGAGGAGGUUACGAUAACACCGACCUCAGCUACCUCACGCAAGACGGAGAUGCCAUCUACCAGUCCGUCUUGAACGAGUGGUCCGACAGCAGCUUCUACAUCCCCACGGGCGCCGCUGCCUCGUCCGCUUUGGCUGCUGCCCUGAGCAUCUUGGGCAACUCUGACCUUAUGCAAUCGUACGGAGAUUACUCGUCUUUGGCCGACUUCUCCACCUUGGGCUUGGGCACCGAGUCGGACACUUACGGUGUCACUGAGGCCGAGAGCGGCUCUGCUGGCACCGCCACUGCCAGCGGUUCCAGAGGUGGUUCCGGUGGUUCUGGUUCUGGUUCUGGUGGUGCUUCCGAAACCGGCUCUAGAGGCGGUUCUGGUGGCUCUGGUGGCUCUGACGCCUCCGGUUCCGGCUCCGGUUCCGGCUCUGCCACUCGUACUGGUGGUGGAUCUGGCGGUUCCGGUUCUGGCUCGGACUCUGCUUCUGGUUCUGGCUCUGGUACCAGAUCCGGCUCUGCUGCUGGAAACACCUCUGGUUCCUCCUCCGGCUCCGGUGGCUCUGGCUCUGGUUCCAAAUCGGGUUCUACCGGAAACGGUGCCUCUGCUCCAUACUUUGGUGCUGGUGGUCUCGUUGCCGUUGCCGCUAUCGCUUUGCUUUAG